CAGCAGAUCAGUCAGUGAUAUACAUUCAAAUCCAAAACGUGAAGAUGAACAAAAUCGGAAUUCUUGUCCUGCUUGUGGCGAUGAUUGGCCAGGUGCUGAGCCAGAGCCAAUGUCAGGUGUGCCAAACGGAUAAUCAAGUGUCCUGCGAAUCGGAGAGCACUUAUUACAUUUGCCUGGGUGAACGGAGAUACGGUCCCUACAGCUGUGAAGCUAACGAAGUUUGCACCAACUCCGCGGAUAUUUGUGUGGACAAGAGUUUAGUUACGGGCAACAUUAUAAACGUUUGCGGUGACGAUGAAUCCGCCUGUCAGAGCUGUCCGGACAACAAGAAAUACACUUGUGUGAGCAGCACACAAGCAGCUCGUUGCGUCAAUGGUGAAGUGUCCACGUCCUUGAUCAUCGAUUGCGGUGAGGAUGAGAUUUGCGUCUCCGAGGCCGAAACCACAUUCAAAAACGUUUGCGUGCCCAACUGUGCAGCGGACUUUGCACAAUACAACGCCACCUGCAGCAAUGCUGUUUACACGCCACCAACUCAGGCGCCACCCACUACGCCUAGUCCCACUGAGGUGCUGAGCAUUUGCCAAGAGGCAGCCGAGACCAAGACCACCAGAUACUUCUUUGCCUACGCCGAUUCCACUUGCCGCACUUACGUCUACUGCGAGAAGGCUAGUCUGACGAGCACAACCUUCACUCAAACAUUCACCGGAGGCUGCUCGUCACCUACUCCCUAUUUCAACACGGCCACCGGCAGAUGCCAGGCAACCAUUUCGGACAGUUGUCGCACCGAUGCACCAACAACAACCCAGGCACCAACUACAACAACUGCCACCGCAUCCUCAACUUCUGAAGAUACAACUUCAACAACUGAAGCUACAGAUGACCCUGUUACCGUUACCGAGGAACCUACUGAACAAUAG